AUGCGCGAGUUCAUGGACUACAUCCAGUCCGCCUUCUACUCUGCCACCGGCUGGAACCGCGACAACAGCUAUUCCUCCCUUAAUGCUACGUCCGAUGCUCUUCUAAACUUCCCCACACCUCGGGGCCUUCGCCUCACCCUCUCCUCCCUUGCGACGCCUCAGUUCGCAACAUCGUACCAACUGGGAAAUGUAGGUAUCGUCGAUGGCUCUAUAUCGUACCUGUAUUCCACGGUACCCCUCAGCAAUGCUAUUGCCCAGAGCGAGAAGAUACCCUUGCCCGAUCUUCUGAGGAGUUAUCGCCCGCUUGCAGAGUUACCACAGAGGGCGAGAGGGUUAGGCGGGGAGCUGAUCAAAGAUACGGUUUCAUAUGGGAGGCUUUACCUCCCGGCGUCGAUGCUGGAGGCAUUGGUGGUUAGGAGGGUUUCGCCUACGCUACAGCUACAAUUAAGCGCUGUCUCGAGCGAGACGCUACGGAAUGGAGGUACCAUCUUGGGGAUGGCGCAAUAUGACGAGGGCCGUUAUGCGGUAGAGGGUCUUGCAUCAACAGACGGCGGAUUGCUUGGAAUGCGCGGGUUGUACAAUUUCGGCGGCGAUGUUGGGCAUUUAAACACGCCGGUGCAACUGGUGGCAACUAAUGGAAACGGGUCGGGUAACGGCGAGCGGGAACGGAUUUACGGUCGGUUUAGCACGGGUGCUGAACUAUAUUACGGAACAUUGAACAAAUCUGGUGGAAUGAGUUUCGGGGCACGGUUCGCCACGUUACCUACGCACAACGGCACCCCUCUUACGGCAACUAUGACUAUUAACCCGCUGAUGGGGAACAUUAGCUGGAGCUACGCCGUCAUGGCCGGGAGCUACUGCUCGCUUGCGUCGAGGAUGGACUUUAACGUCUACAGCUACGAAAGCGAUUGGGUCGUCGGUAUGGAACUCUGGAGGAAGAGAGGAUCCUGGUCUAUCAAUGAAGAAUUAGAACAGAUACCAGCGCCAGCACCAGUACCAACGCCAGUAAGCGCUACGUCCGACAGGAGUUUCAAGGCGAAAAUGGAAUGGAGAUUAGACGAACCUCUCCCUAGUCCACCCCUAGACACGGCUGAAGCUGUGGCGUCGCCGAAAGAAGCAAUUCAGAACCAGCCGGAGAAGAAGAAGGAAAGGAGUUUCCAGGCUAAGUUAGAGUGGCGGUUGGAUGAUCCCGAUGUGGACCCGCCGCCCAAUGAAGAAGACGAGGAGUACUCGGGCGUUCUGAAGGCGCGCCUAGAUCAGCACCUACGAGUCGGCCUUUUGUGGGAGGGCCGAGUCAAGUCUUUGCUUUUUAGCCUUGGCAGUAGCAUCGACCUACGACGGCUCGACUCACCCUUUCGCACACUUGGGAUGGAAGUACAGUUCUCCUCGUGAUGCUCGAUAACAAAUAUCAACCUCGACCGCUCGGUAGCUUACACGUCGCUUGUCAAACCUAACUUUGCGAUAUCAUUGACCGACUGAAUUGUUGUACGACAGCAGCAUCUGUCGCAUCGGUGGUGCAUUCCAUUCGCGGCACUGUCAACAUUGAAAAUGGGUGAUGGGUAUCAAGGUCCUCUCUAAGCCAUUUUGCCUAUGCGAAAGGAGAAUGAGAAAGGGGGCCGCUACUGUUGCGCUGAUAUUAAAUGAUUUUGACAAGGACAAGCGCCCUCAUAUUUUUGGGGGUAAUAUCAACGAUUCGGUCAGCCCGGGGCUUGGACCAGUUCCGUUGGCUUGCAUACUGGUGCAACCGGACUCGUAAUAACCCCAAAUGUGGCCUUACCCUACGAAUAGCCUUGUUGCUAAUUCUUUGUGCUUCCGCGGAGGCACUGCUCUAGUUUUUCAAUAUCUAGCAUGAUGCUAUCUUGCCGCAAGGGUAGCUACC